AUGCUGCGUCUCUCUGUCAGCUCAGGAGAGCGAAUCUUGCCAUUUCGUGGUGCAGUACCAGUAUCGGUCCUUUUGCUGCUAGUGCUGCUGGCCCGAUGUGACAGAUUGGCUGACGCCUAUGUUGUCGUGACCCCUUCAACUCCAACACGAGGAGGAACACUCUCCUGGGAAAGCAUUGCAGAACAAGUCAGCAGAACCUCUGUAGUAUCAAUACGCGGUCAGAGACGCAGAUCAAUUCAAGUCCAUACCUCGAGAGUGCCAACCACCAUCCAUCUCAGCGAGGGUCUUCAACAAGAUGAGGAGAAGACAAGCAGCAGCAGUCCUUUAACCACAAAGCUCGAUCAGAUCCUUUCGAGAUUGACUUCAUGGUUUCCUUUUUGGGUUCUCUCCUUUGCUUUGACUGGAUUGUCCAAGCCAACAUUGCUUCAGUGGGUCAAUCAGGGACAAUUGAUAUCCCUCAUGUUGGCAAGCGUCAUGGUGGGGACUGGAUUGACGCUGGAAAAGAAAGACUUUACCGAUAUUUUGACAGUGCCGAGCAACGUUGUUUCGGUUCCCUUGGGCGUCGCUUGCCAGUUCCUUAUAAUGCCCCUUACGGCCAGUCUACUGGGACGAACCAUCUUGCUGGCAAGUGCUGGAAGUGGUACUGGCGUUACCCUUGCCACUGCCAAAUCGCUCUUUUUGGGCCUCAUCUUGGUGGGAUGCAGUCCGGGAGGUACUGCUUCCAAUCUGGUUUCCUUGAUUGCUCGGGCCGAUGUCGCUCUCAGUGUCAUUCUGACUGCCUGUUCUACCAUCUUGGCAUCGGUGGCUACACCUCUCUUGGUGAAAACUCUGGUGGGCAGCACGGUGGCCGUGUCGGGAAAAGCCUUGGUGGUGGCCACGGCACGUGUGGUCCUGUUGCCAGUGUUGCUGGGUAUGGUGAUCCAGUCACGAGCUCCAAAACUAUCGCAACAAGUGAGUCGAUUCACACCCUUUGGAUCCGUCCUAUUGAUUGCGUUCAUCUGUGGAGGGGUCGUCUCGGAGAAUGCCGCACUCCUGUUGAGUUCUCGCACACUCUUGCCGCGACUCUUGGCGGCAGUGGGAGGCCUGCACACGGUGGGAUUUGCCAUGGGCUACUUGAUUCCAAGACGAGUCUUUCAAAGGGGAGAAACCACUUCACGGACCAUCUCUAUUGAAACAGGGAUGCAGAAUUCGGCGCUGGCAGUUGUGUUGGCCCGUUCGAUGGGAGCACCGGCAUUGGCUAGUUUGCCCGGAGCUCUCAGUGCCACAAUGCACUCCUGUCUGGGUAGCUUGUUGGCAGCCUAUUGGUUGAUGCAGCCGCCUCCCGUGUCUGAAGAAGACACCAAUUUGGAUUGA